GAGUCAGAACCUAUGAAUAGGGUCAAAGUUUCACUUCUUAUUUUGCUUGUCACAAACUGGUUGAGGUCUUCUGAGUGGCAGGAACAGCUAUUUCUCAUACUUUCCUUGCAUUGGUUUUGUUUGUGCCGUAAAACAAAUUCAGCUCUGAAUAGAAAAUAGAGGACUUUGUUGAAGUACCAAAGUUAAUUUGAUAAACUGAGACCCUGCGUUGUAAAGAGACAUGGAGGCUGUUUUAGGACUGUUGGUGAUCUCAGCAGGAGUAUCUCAUGGCUUGGAAACUUCCUGUGAUGUUAGACAGAAUGGAUCUCAGUGUUAUGGAGCUCUGGGAGGAACUGUCUAUCUCCAGCUGACUGAUACCAUGGCAUAUAAUUACUACUCAUUUUAUAAAGGCUCAACUGGUGCUAUGACAGAGAUACUGAAAAUUAAGAGAACAGUUCUAAUAAGAGAGACUCCCAUUAUAGACAGAGUACACUUCUUUAUAAACAAUGGGACAUUUAGGUUAAAUAACACACGAAGGAAUGAUUCUGGUGAAUACCUGUUCGAAAAAUACGAUUCAGAAGGGAAAUCAUCAGGGAUCAGAGGACUACAAUUGUUCAUCGAAGCUCCAGUGUCCAGUCCUCAGCUGUCCUCUGAGUGUCUGUCUCAUGGAGAGAUGAAGGUGUCCUGCUCCUCUGAGGGGGAUGGUCCCCAGUACAGCUGGACUCUGGAUGGACAGACGCUGAACGACACUGAUGCCCCUCCUGAUAAUAAGACAAACACCAUCACUCUGAAGAAAGGCCUGUCAGGAGAUCUCACCUGUACCGUCAGAAACAACAUCAACCGUAAUACUGUCAGCAGGAGAAUCUCACACUGUCCAGAUGAUGGUGAGUAAGCAGAGUGUUUGCAGUCUCUCAGGUUGAUCACGGUGGGACUCUAAGAGGGGUGUUGAUGUCAUGAAAGUUGCCAUGGAGACCACGACUAAUGAUGAUGUUAUACUGCUUAUUGCUGUUUUACUCUUAAUCAAGCUCAAACUCAAAGCACAGUCACAUAUUUAGUUCUUUUGACAUACGUCUUCAUAGUUUCAUAAUGUUCCUUCAGACCUGCACUUAACAAAGUAAUAAUGAAUGAUCUAUGCGAUGGUAUUUAUUUAAUGGAUUUUAACUCUUGAAUUGUAGUGUUUUUGCGGUUUUUCAUUUGUACAUACAGUUUUUUAUAAACCAAUGAAAAUGCUAUUGUGUUUUUGAAAAAUAAAUUUUCUUUCGUAUUCGAAUGUGACCUAAGGCCUUCACAAACAUAUUUUUAUUUUGCGAUAGCAAAUAUGUAGAGUUCAAAAGGUACCUGCACUCAAAACUAUGAAAAGGAAUGCAAAAAUAAUGCACUUAAUUUAAUCAAUGCUCAAAAGAAUACAAAAAGGUUAUUGAAAACAAAAACAGAGGAUGCAUUUUGACCACAUGUUUUUAUUAGUGCUGGGGAACUGUAACAGACACUUCCAUUCUUACUGUAACUUCAUCAUGUUUUGAUUUGAUGUGGUAUUUGUGCGAUUUUGAAUGCAUUGAAAUAAAAUCAAGCUACUUACUAUUCUGGACCUUCAGAAUGGCACCAAAGGAGAUGACUGUCGUUUUACGAUCCCAUAACCAAUUGUGCUAUUAUGUAUGUUUUUUUUCGCAUUAUUUUGAACAUAAUGUUUCUGCCAUUGUGUCUUAUGACCGAAAAAAGCUUCUAGAUGUCAGAACAGCGAUUUCUCACCCCAUGCUGGAGGAAUACUUUAUCUUCAACGAGAAGGACGGGAUGGAUGUAUUUCAGACGCCUUACAAGACCCUCAUCCCCAUCAUUCACAGGAGAAAGAGACAGGGGUAUUGGGGACGAAGGUCUGGGUGCCUUGUAAGGAGGGUAGUCUACCUUUACCAUCGGUCCUAUUAGCCAACAUACAAUCAAUCGAUAAUAAAAUAGACAAACUGCGAUCAUGUAUAUCCACCAACCGGACUGUCACGAUGUAUAAUGAUAGGAGACAGGUGCAGGAAUACGAAAUAGGGUUUUUCUAUUUCUCCAACCAAAAUAGCGUACGUCAUGAACAUGAUGAGGACGAAGCCCAAAACAAACAUUUACAUAUAUAACACAGGGCUGUAACCCAAACAAAGAGUGAGGUGUAACCCUCUAAUAAAUACACUGGACGAGACCUGUAAUAACAAUACACAGGAAGAGACCUGUAAUAACAAGUGCACACUAACACGGUAACACGCAAGCCGAUACAAGAGAGCACAGGUACUCUCAAGACCAACGGACAUGGAACAAUAAUCAGCAAGGACAAUGGGGAACAGAGGGCACAUAUAUACACAUACUAAUCAGGGAGAAUGUGCGUAAUGAGACAAGACAGUCCUGGGUUUCGGGUAAUCAUCCAGUUCAGUGAUGCCUAGAAGGUGGGUGACGUAGACCUCCGGAGCUGGUGAACGGAAUGAGCAGCAUUACCGGGGGAAUCCGUGACAGGGACAUAAAAAAAUGUAAUAUCUUAUGUUUCAUCCGAGUCGUGGGUGAACGACGACAUGAAUAACAUACAGCUUUCAAGCUUUUUCGAUAGGAUAGAACAGCGACCUCUGGUAAGACAAGGGGUGGCGGUCUAUGCAUAUUUGUAAACAACAGCUGGUGCACGAAAUCUAAGGAAAUCUGGAGGUCUUGCUCUCCUGAGGUAGAGUAUCUCAUCAUAAGCUGUAGACCACACUAUUUACCAAGAGAGUUUUCAUAUGUAUUUUUCGUAGCUGUCUAUAUACCAUCACAAACCGAAGCUGGCACUAAAACCGCACUCAACGAGCUGUAUACGGCCAUAAGCAAACAGGAAAAUGCUCAUCCAGAGGCGGUGCUCCUAGUGGCCGGGGACAUUAAUGCAGGGAAACUCAAAUCCGUAUGGUCUCAUUUCUACCAGUAUGUUAAAUGUGCAACCAGAUGGAAAACAACUCUACACCACAUUUACUCCAAACACAGGGACACGUACAAAGCUCUCCCUCGCCCUCCAUUUGGCAAAUCUGACCUUAAUUCUAUCCUCCUGAUUCCUGCUUACAAGCAAAAACAAAAGCAGGAAGCAUCAGUGACUCGUUCAAUUAGAAAGUGUUCAGAUGAAGCAGAUUCUAAACUACAGGACUGUUUUGCGAGCACAGACUGGAAUAUGUUCCGGGAUUCUUCCGAUGACAUUGAGGAGUAGACCACAUCAGUCACUGGCUUCAUCAAUAAGUGCAUCGAUGACGUCGUCCCCACAGUGACUGUACGUACAUACCCCAACCAGAAGCCAUGGAAUACAGGCAACAUCCACACUGAGCUAAAGGGUAGAACUGCUGCUUUCAAGGAGCGGGACUCUAACCCGGAAGCUUUUAAAAAAUCUCGCUAUGCCCUCCGACAAACCAUCAAAAUGGCAAAGCGUCAAUACAGGGCUAAGAUUGGAUCGUACUGCACUGACUCUGGUGCUCGCAGGAUGUGGCAGGGCUCGCAAACUAAUACAGACUACAAAGGGAAGCACAGCCGUGAGCUGCCCAGUGACACGAGCCUACCAGACGAUCUAUAAUAUUUAUAUGCUUGCUUCGAGGAAAGUAACAUUGAAGAAUGCAUGAGAGCAUCAGCUGUUCCGUAGGACUGGCUCAAACGCAUUAAGAAAGAAAGAAACUCCACAAAUUAACUUUUAACAAGGCACAUUUGUUAAUUGGGAAAGGGGUACCGCUAGUGCCCGGCCUCGACAACAUCCGGUGAAAUUGCAGAGCGCGAAAGUCAAAAUACAAAAGUAGUAAUACUAAAAAUGAAUGAAAACACUGGAGUUUUAAACACCAUUAUUUAGCUUUGAAUCUUGGUAAUCGAACCACUUUGUCCGAUUUACAAAAGGCUUUAUGGCAAAAGCAUAGCAUUUGAUCGUCUGAGGACAGCGCCUCACUCAGUUCCUGCAUUAACAUAAAUUCAUAACCUGCACAGGUGUCACAAAACUCAAAAACAGCGAUAAAAUAAAUCACUUACCUUUGAAGAUCUUCAUCUUUUUGCAAUCCAAAGGGUCCCAGUUACACAAUAAUGGUCUCUUUGUUCAAUAAAGUCCUUCUUUAUUUCCAUUUAUUUGGCGCGUUUGAUUCAGAAAUACACCUGUUCCAACUCGCCCAUGCCUACAAAGGAAUCUAAAAAGUUACCGGUAAACUUUGUCCAAACAAUUCAAACAAUGUUUCUAAUCCAACUUCAGGUACCCUAAUAUGUAAAUAAUCGAUCGAAAUUCACCCAAUUUAUUGUGGGAAGCUUGUGGAAUGCUACCCGAGAUGUUUGACCCAAGUUAAACCAUUUAAAGGCAAUGCUACCAAAUACUAAUUGAGUGUAUGUAAACUUCUGACCCACUGAGAAUGUGAUGAAAGAAAUAAAAGCUGAAAUAAAUCAUUCUCUCUACUAUUAUUCGGACAUUUCACAUUCUUAAAAUGAAGUGGUGAUCCUAACUGACCUAAAACAGGGAUUUUUUUACUAGGAUUAAAUGUCAAGAAUUGUGAAAAACUGAGUUUAAAUGUAUUUGGCUAAGGUGUAUGUAAACUGGGUAUCUACAAGGCCAUGAAUAGGCAGCGCUGUGGAUUGGCAUUUCCCUGAUAACUGUAUUGAAGACACAUUUUAAAUGAAGAAGUUAGACAUAACAUUUGUGUCAUUGCUAAUUAUUUUCUCACAGGGAGUAGUUAUUUUAGAUUAGCUGAAUGUUUACUGAGGUUUGUACUUAAAUAGGACAACCCAUAUGUAUGAGAGCUGUUUUGGUAUCUUCCCUGUAUAAAGGGGGUGGGCACAAGGGGCGGUCGGCCGAGGAGAGAGCCAGAGACCGUCUGGGAGUCGAUGGAGCAGUUUGAGGAGGGAUAUCGGAGGGAGAUGUUGGUUAAGAGUAUUCUGCAGUGCAGGCGUCCUGAAGAGCGUGUCAUCAGUCCGGUGAAACCUGUGCCGGCUCCACGCACCAGGCCUCCAGUGCGCGUUCCCAGCUUGGUACAUCCUGUGUCGGCUCCCUGCACUCGCCCUGAGAAAUGUGUCAUCAGUCCGGUGAAACCUGUGCCAGCACCACACGCCAGGCCUCCAGUUCGCCUUCCCAGCCCGGUACGUCCUGUGCCAGCUCCCCGCACUCGCCCUGAAGAGCGUGUCACCACUCCAUUGCAACCUGUGCCGGCUCCAUGCACCAGGCCUACAGUGCGCCUUCCCAGCCUGGUGGGUCCUGUGCCAUCUCCCCGCACCAGGCCGCCAGUGCGCUUCCCAAGCCCAGUAUGUCUGGUGCCGGCUCCCCACACCAGGCCUCCAGUGCGCCUCCACAGCCCGGUACGUCCAGUGCCGGCUCCCCGCACUCGUCCACCAGUGCGUGUGUACAGUCCGGAGUCUCCAGCGAUGGUCUACGGUCCGGAGCCUCCACAGACGGUCCACGGUCCGGAGACUCCAGUGAAGGUCUACAGCCCGGAACCUCCAGCAACGGUUCACAGUCCAGAGAUUCCAGCAACGGUUCACAGUCCAGAGCUUCCAGCGACUGUUCACAGUCCAGAGCAUCCAGCGACGGUUCACGGUCCACAGCUUCCAGUGACGGUCCACGGUCCACUGCUUCCAGUGACGGUCCACGGCCCGGAGCUUCCUGCGUCGGUGCCAUGGCCGGAGCCUUCCACUGUGCCGGUGCCCAGUCCGGCCACGGCAUCCAGUCCCGCUCCAUGGCCGGAGCCUUCCUCUGCGCCGGUGCUCAGUUCGGGCACGGCGUCCAGUCCCGCUUCAUGGCCGGAGCCUUCCUCUGUGCCGGUGCUCAGUUCGGGCACGGCGUCCAGUUCGGGCACGGCGUCCAGUCCCGCUCCAUGGCCGAGAUUCCAGCAACGGUUCACAGUCCAGAGCUUCCAGCGACUGUUCACAGUCCAGAGCAUCCAGCGACGGUUCACGGUCCACAGCUUCCAGUGACGGUCCACGGUCCACUGCUUCCAGUGACGGUCCACGGCCCGGAGCUUCCUGCGUCGGUGCCAUGGCCGGAGCCUUCCACUGUGCCGGUGCCCAGUCCGGCCACGGCAUCCAGUCCCGCUCCAUGGCCGGAGCCUUCCUCUGCGCCGGUGCUCAGUUCGGGCACGGCGUCCAGUCCCGCUUCAUGGCCGGAGCCUUCCUCUGUGCCGGUGCUCAGUUCGGGCACGGCGUCCAGUCCCGCUCCAUGGCCGCAGCCUUCCUCUGCGCCGGUGCUCAGUUCGGGCACGGCGUCCAGUCCCGCUCCAUGGCCGGAGCAUUCCUCUGCGCCGGUGCUCAGUUCGGGCACGGCGUCCAGUCCCGCACCAUGGCCGGAGCCUUCCUCUGCGCCGGUGCUCAGUUCGGGCACGGCGUUCAGUCCCGCUCCAUGGCCAGAGCCUUCCUCUGCGCCGGUGCUCAGUUCGAGCACCCGCUCCAUGGCCGGAGACUUCCUCUGCGCCGGUGCGCAGUGUUUCCCUGACACCAACUUAGUCAGUGCUCAACUGCUAGAUGAACUUAAUGCACUCCUCCAAGGAGGAACAACCAUCCCUGGUGCAAGAAAGGUUGAGCAACACUGUUACACCACUCAGGUCAUGUGUUCACUCCGUGGUGGAAAAAGUACCAAAUUGUCACACUUGACACCAGUGUCCUGUCCUCAGCUGUCCUCUGAGUGUCUGUCCCAAGUAGAGAUGAGGGUGUCCUGCUCCUCUGAGGGUGACAGUCCCCAGUACAGCUGGACUCUGGACACAGGCAGUAGCUGUUAA